AUGAACAAGUUGGCCUCCAUCCGCCAGCCCAGUGACAUCACCAGGUGUCGCUGCUACAGCCUGACUGUGGAGUGUGGAUCUCUGGGACUCAGAGAGAUCCCUCAGGGCGUGCCUGACACCACACAGACAAUCUUCCUGCAGGAUAAUGCUUUAGUCCACAUCCGUGGUUUGGACCUGUCAGGGCUGGGCCGGCUGCUCUACCUCUACCUCCAGAACAACAGCAUCUCAGCCUUGGAGCCAGGGGCUUUCCUGGCUCAGGGCCCCCUGCUAGAGUUAGCCCUCAACGGGAACCUCAUCCACCUGCUCACCCCCGACACCUUCACCGGCCUGGACCACCUCCGUAUCCUCUACCUGGCAGCCAAUCAGAUCACACGGCUGCAUGAUCACACCUUUACUGGGCUGCAGAGUCUACAGGAACUACACCUCCAGGAAAACAGCAUAGAGGUGCUGGGUGACCAGGCUCUGGCCGGACUCUCCUCUCUGGCUCUCCUGGACCUCAGCAGGAACCAGAUCCACACCCUAGGACCAGCCUCCCUACAGCCCCUCAUUAGCCUGCAGGUCCUCCGAGUCACAGAGAACCCGUGGCGGUGUGACUGUGCGCUCCACUGGCUGCGGUCGUGGAUUGAUGCUGAGGGUCAGAGGUUUCUGAGCUGGUCCGAGCGUCGUCUGCUGUGUGCCGAACCCCCCCGCCUGGCAUACCUCAGUCUGAUGGAGGUAGCAGCUAACAGCCUGGUUUGUAUCCCCCCUGUGUUACACCUGGAGCCCAGCCACCUCACCGUGCUGCUGGGAGAGAGUCUCAGGGUGACCUGUCAGGCCUCUGGAUACCCGCAGCCCCUGGUCACCUGGAGAAAGACCUCACAGGGCAGGGCACUGCUAGGGAGCUGGGAGGAGGGGGGGACAUGA